AUGUCGGAAGGUCAUCCCUCAAACGAUGAUACUGAAGAUUUCAAAGAACAAGACCGGUUCUUGCCAAUAGCUAACGUGGCACGUAUUAUGAAACGUGCCUUACCGGAGAACGCAAAGAUUGCCAAAGAAGCAAAGGAAUGCGUUCAGGAGUGUCGAAAGUUACUAUUUAUUAGUCGAAAUACGUGCUAUUACGUCCUUGACCACGGUCUUGUUGUUACGGCUAGCGAUCGCUGUCAGCAGGAGAAAAGGAAAACUAUAAAUGGCGAAGACAUUUUGUGGGCAAUGCAAUCAUUAGGUUUCGAGAAUUAUGCUGAUGUUUUAAAGAUUUAUUUAGCGAAAUAUCGAGAGACUGUUAAACUAGAGCGAUCGUCUGCAGGCACGAAAGAGAAAGACGAAGAUGGUCACGGCGUGAGCCCUUCGUUUCAACCGACUCAGGCGCAACAGCCACCAUCACAGCAACCACCACAGCAGCAACCAGGACCGUACUAUCCUGGUAUGCAAUCUGUCACUGGUAUACAAGACAUCGAACGGCUAUAA